GUAUUACCUAGUCCAAGAUCUUUAAAACUACCCUCAACCUAACUUGGGAAACUCCGUCACUCGCUUUACAUCUCCCAUUUUUAUAUCAUUCACCACAUUAUGCUUCCCAAACUUCAAACAUUCUCCAACGGUCAUGAACGGCGGCGCCGCCCCUCCCUCCGGUGACGCCUCCGUCAGGCGCAAGCGUAACCACCGCACGGUUCCCGUUAACGGCGUUAAGGUAGGCGCGGUCAUGGGCAAGAACUCUAUGCACUACUCCGAAGCUUCAUUCAUGAAAUGGACCAUCGCCGACGCGGUACACGUGGCGACCCACCAUUGGAUGCCGUGUUUGUUCGCUUUGGGUCUUCUUUUCUUCAUGGCAGUGGAGUACACGCUCCGCAUGGUGCCGCCGUCGUCUCCGCCCUUCGAUUUGGGGUUCCUCGCCACGCGCUCUCUCCAUCGCGUCCUCGAGUCGUCGCCGCAUCUCAACACUCUCUUGGCUGCACUCAAUACGGUGUUUGUGGGAAUGCAAACAAGUUAUAUCCUAUGGACGUGGUUGAUUGAAGGACGCCCAAGAGCCACAAUCUCAGCACUUUUCAUGUUCACAUGUCGUGGGAUUUUGGGGUAUUCCACUCAGCUUCCAUUGCCUCAGGGAUUUCUAGGUUCGGGUGUGGACUUCCCUGUUGGGAACGUGUCGUUUUUCUUGUUCUUUUCGGGACACGUGGCGGGGUCGGUGAUUGCAUCGUUGGACAUGAGGAGGAUGCAGAGGUGGGAGCUGGCGUGGACUUUUGAUGUUCUUAAUGUGUUGCAAGCUGUGAGAUUAUUGGGCACCCGAGGCCAUUACACCAUCGAUUUGGCUGUUGGAGUGGGUGCUGGCAUUCUUUUUGAUUCUUUAGCUGGCAAAUACGAAGAUAGCAAGAAGAAAAUUGCACCCCUCUCCACAACCACAGCUACAAAACACGCUUUUUGAAUCAACAUGUUCUUGGCUCAUAGCUAUAUCAGACCCAAAAGUGUAACAAAGGGUCAUACAAAAAGUACACAUGAAGGCGUAAAAAGUGCUGAUCGGACAAAAGAAGGGUUAAGGAGAGAUAUCAAUAUAUCUUCAUGUCAGGAGUAGUGUUAAUUACCUUGUAAUUUUAAAUUUAAAUUUGAUUUAUUUCACCAGUUUUGUAUAACUGGUGAGUUUCAUUUUUAGUGGAGUCUGAAUUGGAAUUCACUUUUUGUGAUAGCUUGCCAUAUUGCCCUCAAGUUUGAAGCACUUUGUGGACGGAAGUGCGUUUUAAAGGAAGUUGAUAGCA